AUGUCUGAUGACUGGCAAGAGUACAUUAACGAUGCAAGAACAGUAUGUAAAUAUGGGACCAAAUGCUAUCAGAAAAAUGCUGAACACCACAAGCAAUUUAAACAUCCACCUGUUAAGAGAAAAGAAGCAAAUCGAAAUAAAAAGCGGUAUUCGCCCUAUGCGAGAACAAAACAACCACAUUUGCCGGGACCUACUAAUGCAGAGGCAGAAAAAGAAGUCAAAAUUGAAACUGAAUCAUCAUCUAAAGCCGAACACCAGAACACCGAAAUUAAAGGAGAUAAGGAUAAAGAAGUUCCUAUAAUCCUUAAUUUACCAGAGGACUUGAGUUUUUAUGAUAAAGACACGGAUAAGAGUAUUUUUAAAGAAUUAUUUCUAAUUAAUAUGCCUGAUGAUUUUUUUAAUUUUUUUGAAUUUAUUAGUAAUCUUGGAAAGUCAGCAGAAGAAUCUAUGGCAAGUGUUAACUUGGAGCUGAUUGGUCCAUUUGAUCUUUUACUUGGCAAACUGCCUAUUUUGGAAGAUAAGGAGCUGUACUUGAUACAUUGGAGAUUCUUUUAUGAUCCACCCGAAUUCCAAGCAGUUCUUAAAAGGAAACGCAGUGAAUAUCACAUUGGAUACUUCAGGGAUACUCCUGAACAGGACACUGCAUUCGUAGCAAGUAAUGACAGUGCUAAAGAUUGUCAUAUUACUGUUAUGUCUAAAAAUAUCUUUGGAGCCGUUUAUCAGUAUCUGCAGAACGAAAAGAAGUAUUCACCUUUUACUGCUGCACCAUGUCAGAAACUAAUGGACAAAAUAAAAUCAUAUGCUGAGGAAAAUAAUAUUUCUUUAGAACAAUUUAGUAUGAAAGAUAGAUUAAAACAAAUUGUAACGAAAUCGUUCCAUGGGGCUGGGAUUGCUGUACCAUACAACAAGCAGACGCAACUGGGCUACAGACGUUUGGCAGAAACAGAUGCAUCCUUGAAAAAGCUAUUCACUAGUCUUGAGAAUGCAACAUCACAAGAGGACAAAGACAAGGUAUUCUCUGACUUGCAGGUAGUAAUAACUAAUGCAAGCAUAGCAGUAGAUGAAUGUGAUUUUGGUACUGGAUUGGAACUUGGUAUUGAUUUAUUCUGCUCUGGAUUGAAAGAACUACAUUCUAUUGCUUUGAGUAAUCUGACCGCUGCGUACACUGUCUUGUCGAGGCAACAAUUUGCACAAAUAGCUCAGACACAUUUGAAAUAUCGGCGUAAAGGUCCAAAGAUGUCGUUAAUAAGUUCACAGAAAUGA